UGUAUAUCUGUCUGUCUGUGAGCUAACGCGACGUAAAUUAUCAUAAAUUCUAGACAGUCUUAAUUCUAAUGUAGAGGCUCCGACGUGGGACCCUAUUGAGUAGAAUGCACGUUUGCUGUGGUGGGAAUGCAGUGAAGGUGCAAUUGUUUGUGUUGUGCGCGUCACACAAGACAUUGUCCACAUCGGGUGCUCCUUUUUGAUGAGAGAAUGGGUAGGUGUAGAUAGGUCUAGUGAGGUUGAGGUGAGCUCUGGAGUUGGGUUGUUUAGAGAGUGGAAUUGGGUUUGUCUUCGAGUUGAGUGGGGAAUUUGAAUUUUGUAGGAAUUACACGAAGAGUGUUGUAGUUUGUAGGAGCAAGAGAAGCUGUGUUCAGUAUUUGCUGAAUGCAGAUUGCGUGACUUGGUCGGACAUGGUACAGUUGUUAAUAGAGUUUUUUUCCAUUUUCAGGUUAGGAUCGUAGAGAUGAAGCAAUUGAUGAUUUGUUAAGUUGAAGCUUCCAUAUUGAUGAGAGUUGAUUCUAUUGUGAGAGAGGAUUGUGUAUAGCUUUAAUUGGGACAGGGGUAAUUGCAGGUGAAAUAAAUAUUUUGAAGGUCGAAAAGAGAGAUUUCUCAGCACCAUGGCUCUCCUCAAGCUACAAAUUCGAACUUUCUGUUAUAUCCUGGUGAUUCUCCUGUGGAUAUCCGCGCCUCAAUUAUCACAUGCGGUUCGGCGGUAUCCUUACUUUCGAGAUCAGGAGGAGAACCCUGGCCGGCAGCCCUUGCAAAUGCAGCGUCCCUUCAACAUUGCGCAUCGAGGUUCCAACGGCGAAAUCCCAGAGGAAACUGCUGAGGCAUACAUGGUCUCUUUCCUCAGACUCUGCAGUGUCUAUUUAAGCUCCCUCCGGAAUAUGACAAAUUCGACCCAUUUUCUUGCGAUUGAUUGGACAUGCAGACCAGUUCUUUUAGACAUUAAAGUGGACUUUACUCUGGCGGAAAUCAAGACAUUACGAGCUCGCCAACGCUUUCCAUUUCGCGACCAAUCCUAUAAUGGUAAAUAUCAGAUCAUCACAUUCGAGGAGUUCAUCAAAAUCGCAUUGAAUGCAGAGCGAAUCGUUGGCAUCUACCCAGAAAUCAAGAGCCCUGUUUUUGUGAACAAACAUGUGAAGUGGCCUGGUGGUAAGACACACGAGGAUAUAUUCGUGGAGACACUUUUGAAGUUUAAUUACACUGGGAAAUUCUUUUCGGAAGCGUGGAAAAAGCAGCCGUUGUUCAUUCAGUCAUUUGCACCCACUUCUCUCUUUCGGGCAUCCAACCUUACCGAUUCACCUCUAAUUCUGCUUCUUGAUGAUGUUACCGUUAACACUCAAGACACCAAUCAGACUUACGCCGAAAUUACGUCGGAUGAGUACUUGAAGUUCAUCAGCAAGUAUGUUGUUGGCCUGGGGCCUUGGAAAGACACCAUUGUUCCGCCUAAUGAGAAGAAUUACCUGGCUACACCAACCGAUCUUAUAAAAAGAGCUCAUGCUCAUAAUCUGCAGGUACAUCCGUACACCUACCGCAAUGAGAAUAAGUUCUUACAUUUUGACUUUCACCAAGAUCCUUAUCAGGAGUAUAGAUACUGGAUUCACAAUAUGAGCGUUGAUGGUAUGUUCACUGAUUUUACUGGAACGCUUCAUCUCUAUCAAGAAUGGACAUCUCCCCUUAGUGGUCUGUAACGCUUCAAAGUCCCAGAUGUUGGUUUGAUGGUAUUCGUGUAGGCCUCUGAUAUCUCGGAAUUCUGAUUGUCGAAGUGAAAAGUGAAAAUAUUUUUCAUGUGUAUAAUCAUGCAAUAAACAUGCAAUAAUUCUUACGAGA